UAAAAAAAAAUGAUUUCCAGCUCGUUUCUUAUUCGUUGGCUUGAGCCUUAAUUGGAAAACUUGCUACUUUGAAGAAAAAAAAUCCUGUUCUUGAUUAUAUUUCUCCUUAGACAAAAUGCGUGCGAAACCAGGUCCUCGAGGAGGAAUUAGUCACACACUUUCCAUGACACAAUAAUCACCCGCUUAUGACAGUUACCGAGAAUAGAUUCAGACCUGCAGCGUCGGACGUCAAUGGUAACGAGAGCUGUUUAAGUGCGUUAUAUUAAAAUUUUCACUGUCGAUCAGAAUAAGAAAGCGCAUACUGCAAAGAAGUGACAGAGAAAGGGGGCACCAGAGUCAUCAUCCUCGUGUUAAAAAUUCUCGUAAUUCGUGUGAAGAUUCAAGCUGUCGGAUUUCCAGCAUCAGAAGAUCUCGCGUUGGUUUUGGAAUUACAAGGUGUUGAUAGACUUUUCCUUUCGAGAAGACGGCUGCAGGAAUCCCGUGUGCAGACUUCCAAGAAGAUGGCGGUUUCAUUUCCAGACGGCAGAUCAUUUCUAAUUGUGAGCUGGGAGGAAAAUGUUCACAUUAGGCACGUGGAACGGAUUCUGGACAAUCACUUCCACAAGCUGGCGCACCAGUUACACACCAACUGUGAACUGCGGAGUCUCGGCUUCCGACAGGUCCUCGUUCUCCUGACGAAGACAACAGCAGACGUGUUAAAAACAAUUGCUGCAAAUACAAGUGUUCCAUACAAAAAUGAAGAAAUUAAACUUAACAUCAAAAUCCCUUUAGAAGAAUCCUUUACUUUGGAUCCAAAGAAUUUGGUUGGAAUAACAGAAAAGGUUCUGGAGAAACAUGAUGAAGAGAAUAUUAUAGGUGAACACCAGAUUGAAGACACGAGCCAACAAGAAAUGUGUAUAGAGAUCCCACUUGAAAAUGAUUUUGUCUCUUUUGUGGAGGACAACAGAGAUCUGUUGCAUGAAGUCAUUAAAAUGAAGUUUGACUGCUCUGUUGCCAUUUGUAUAAAGGAUAAUAUACAAACUGCUGCUACAAAAAAAUCAAUGACUUUCAAUUCAGUUCCCAUUAUCAAAUCAUUGUCCGGAACAACUGCUUUGCCUACUGGAGUCAGAUACAUGAAGAUUCUACCAGAAGGAUUUCACGUUUUUGUCUGCUUGGAUCAUUUGGCAAAACAUAAAGUAGAUGCAAUAGUGAACAUUGCCAACGAAUAUCUGAAACAUGAUCAUGGUGUUGCCCGUGCUUUGGCAUUGCAAGCUGGCCAUGAAUUUGAAAUGGAGAGUAACAGCCUGGUGCAAGCGUAUGGUGCAGUACCAGUUGGUACAGCAGUUGUCACAGGAGGUGGACAUCUUCCAUGUAAAAAGGUCAUUCACGCGGUGGGGCCUGUUUGGAAUCAAUAUCCAGAUUCAGAAUGUGAUCGUCUACUAUUGUACUCCAUCAAAAAUAGCCUUCUCUUGGCGAAUGAGCUUGGAAUGACUUCCGUUGCCAUUCCAGCUGUGAGUUCUGAAAAUGGUUUCCCACUACAAAGAUGUGCGGAGCUGAUAGUAAAUGCAGUUACUAUUUUUUAUUCAAUCUGGCAGGUGACAGAUCCUUUGAAACAGAUCCAUUUUGUGAGCUCCAGUGAGAUAGAGACUGCAGCAAUAGAAAAUGCAUGCAACAAUAUUUUUGCACAUACAGACCAAAAACAUUUGCCAAGCAACAAUUUUGUUCCAAACAGUAUACGUGACAUAUUUAAAUUCCAGAAUCUACAUUUAGAAAUCAAAAGAGAAAAUAUUGAAGAACAGAAUACUGAUGUGAUUGUGAAUGCCAUUUCAAGGGAUCUAAAUCUGGAUGUGAUCAGAGUUUCUAAAGCUAUUGGAGAAAAAGCUGGCCCUGAGCUUCAAAAGGAGCUUCGUAGAAUUACAAAAAUGGAAUUAUUGCCUUUAGGAGAAGUGUUAAAAACUUCAGGAUUUCUUUUGAAUUGCAAAUAUGUGUACCAUGUUGUGUUUUCUCCAAAUACAAAUCUUGAAUCAGAAAAGUUUUUAAAGAUGGUUAUUUGUAGAUGCUUGGAGCUUGCGGAAGAAGAUGAAAUUUGUUCAAUUGCAGUUCCUGUAACAAAUGAUACUAAAUUAUCGCUUCACCCAAGCAAAAUGGCUAAACUUUUCACUGAGACAUUGAUGAACUUCAUAGAAUUGAACCAACAAAGCAAACUUACUUCUGUUUAUUUUGUGCUUCAUCCAGAAGAAACAGAAAUUUAUGAGACAUUUCUGCAGACAUUUGCCAGACACAAACAACAAUCUCAAGGAAGUCCAAAACUUCCAUCGAUAAUUGAUUCAAUGCCUUUUCUUGAACGGGAUGGAAGGACUGAACGAAGCAUUAAACUUUGUGGUAAAGAUGAUCCUUUACUAGAAUGUGCACAGUAUUGGAUCAAUUCUACUAUUCUAUCAGACCAAGACUAUCUCAUCAUAGAAAAUAGAAACCUCAUUUAUUUCUCAGAAUAUGAACAUCAAGUCUUAUCUGCCCUUGGGAUCAAAGAAGCGAUAAUGAUGGAAGAGACAAUAAAUGAAAUGAAUGCAUUCAUUGAACUAAGCGGACCUCACUUUGAGAUUGUGUAUGUGGCACUGCAUAUAGAACUCUUACUUUGCAAUCUGCAGGAGAACAUGGUACAAUUGAUAGAAACUCAGCUGCUGCAGUCUGUAGUACAGUGGAUUUAUUCAACGGAAGAUGAGAUAAAUCAGUAUAAUGCAACUGAAAACUUCCUUCUAGAAAAAGCCUUCGUAGAUAAUAAAACUUUAUUAAUGAUUAAGGUGAACAAUACUGAACAGACAAUAUAUUUACAAAGACUUAUAGCAUUGAAUGAUCAAAGAGAUCAAUUUAAAGUUGAAAGACUUGUUCAGGGAGUUGAUUACUUGAAGAACUUAACAAGUAAUUGGGGCCCAACGGUUAGUUCAGUUUUCCAGAAAAUACCAAUGGAAAUUACUAGUGAUGAAUUUAAAAAAAGAACCAAGGCAUUUGAAGAUGCAGGCCUCACCAUUCUGAAGAUUGAACAAAUACAGAAUCCUGUCUUGUGGGCUUGCUACUUAAAUACGAAAGAAAAGAAUAAAGAGUUUAUACAAACUGAUGGAAGUGUUACCACCUUGUAUCAUGCUGUUCCCAGCUACUUCUGCAACGUCGUCUGCAGAAUUGGAUUUCUGGAAACAUAUUCAUAUGAACAUGAUAAGGAAUAUGGUGAUGGAAUCUACUUUAGAAACAACUUGAAAAAUCUCAUGAAAAGAAUUAAUGUCGUUGGGAAAAUAAUUCACAUCUUUGAAGCUGAAGUAUUCAUUGGCAAUUGUAACAAAGAGCCCACAUUUCAUAUUUCACAGCAACUAAAAGAUUGUGAUUGUUGUGAGUACAAAGACAGUAUUGAAGGGAGUACAUCCAAAGCCUUUGUUAUUUUGAACAGUUCUCGAGCUUAUCCACAUUAUUUGAUAACAUGCAGAUUGUAAGCACAAAAUUUACCUAUGAAAUGUGGAAAAUCAUGCUGCAUUGUACCAAUUAUUUGUAAUUUCUACUUGGUAAACUGGUUAAUAUCUAUGGCUGUCUGCUCAAAGAUCCUUCAAAGGAGAGAAGGAAGGAUGCAUCACUUUGACUGUGCAUGGGAUAAUUCGCAGCUGCAAAUUGGUGUGAAAUCCUACAGUGCAAUAAAUUUUCACAUCAAGAACUUCUAUCCAAAUGCACACCAGAAAAUAUAUUUCCAAUGAAAGGUGGCAUUCAGGACCAGUGGCAAGUCAUAAUUAAGCAAGAAUGUUGAGUGGUAAUUAGCAGCAUCUCUGGUGGAUAUUCCUUUGGGACCGAAUCAUGUAGCACGUCCACCCAAAAUGUGUCUCUGAAUUUUUAAGCAAGAUUCUCAGGCUCUGCCCAUCCACAGUUUUACUGAAAAGAUGCUGGUUGGCUUUUUCUCUUUCCACUGCACUUCUUGUGGUGGCAAUGCAACAAGAAUGGUUUAUGGUAGAAGGUCAUUCACACCAUGAGUUAAACUCCAUCUUCAUUUUCCCUUGCCUAGAUUCCAAUUGCUAAUCAAAGUUCAAAGUGAAUUUAUUAUCAAAGUACAUAUACAACCCUGAGAUUUGGUUUCUUGCAGGCAUACUCAAUAAAUCGAAGAACCCAGAUAAUAGAGUCAAUGAAAGACUGCACACAAUAGGGUGGAUAAACAACAAGUGCAAACUACAACAACCUGCAAAUAUAAUAGAAAAAAAGAAAUAACAAUAAUAGAUAAACAAUAAAUAGAGAACAUGAGAUUCAGAGUCCUUGAAAGUGAGUCCAUGGUUUUGGGAACAGUUCUGUAAUGAUUCAUUUAGAAAUAUGGGUAACAAAAAGGCAGGAGUUGUUUAAUCAUGAAGUGUGAAGAAAUGCAUGGGUGGUCAAAUAUACUGUAUGAGAAACUUGUACAGUAAAUGGCAGGAUCCUUUGGAAGCACUGAAACACAGAAGAUUCUUGAGGUACAGGUCUAUAACUCCCUGGAAGUGGCAACAUAAGUAGUAGAAUGAAGACGACAUAUGGCAGACUUUCUUAGUUGGGGUAUUGAGUACAAGUUAGGAAGCACAUUGCUAUUGUGUAUAACUUUGCUUAGACCACAUUUUGGAUUUGCGUGCAGUUCUCUUCCCCAUAUACAGGCAGGAUGUGCUGGCUUUGGCGUGUGUGCAGAGAAAACUUCAAGGAGCCAGAACAUUUUUUCUCCAGGGUGGAAAACAUCAAAUACUACAGAUCAUAGAUUUAUGGUGAGAGGGUGUUGAUCUUAACAUGACCUUCUAAACCCCUCUGAACAGGGUUGAUCUGCUGGGAUGAUUUGACUGGUGAAAUGAAGAGUUUGCUUGGUCAUGAGGUCAGAGUUUCAUGAUGUACUCUUCCAUUGCUGUUGAUGGCCUACACUCAUGGAUGCUCAGUUUUGAGUUGUUAAACCUGUUCUUUACCUAUCUUACUUUUCAGAACUGUAGUGCCAGAGAACAGUGGAGUGUUCUCAGGUUGAAGAUGGGAGUUAAUACAAGGCAAUCUGAAGAUGCUGGAAAUUCAAACAACACACACAAAAUACUGGUGGAACACAGCAGGCCAGGCAGCAUCUAUAGCGAGAAGCGCUGUCAACGUUUUGGGCUGAGACCCUUCGUCAGGACUAACCGCAAGGAAAGAUAGUAAGAGAUUAGAAAGUAGUGGGGGGAGGGGGAAAUGCGAAAUGAUAGGAGCAGACCGGAGGGGGUGGGAUGAAGCUAAGAGCUGGAAAGGUGAUUGGUGAAAGUGAUAGAGCUGGAGAAGGGAAAGGAUCAUGGGACAGGAGGCCUCAGGAGAAAGAAAGGAGGUGGGGGAGCAUUAGAGGGAGAUGGAGCAUUAACAGAAGCUAGAGAAGUCAAUGUUCAUGCUAUCAGGUUGGAGGCUACCCAGCUGGUAUAUAAGGUGUUGUUCCUCCAACCUGUGUUUGGAUUCAUUUUGACAAUAGAGGAAGCAGUGGAUAGACAUAUCAGAAUGGGAAUAGGAUGUGGAAUUAAAAUGUGUGGCCACUGGGAGAUUCUGCUUUCUCUGGCAGACUGAGCGUAGGUGUUCAGCGAAACAGUCUCCCAGUCUGUGUCAGGUCUCACCAAUAUAUAAAAGGCCACACUGGGAGCACCGGACACAGUAUACCACACCAGCCGACUCACAGGUGAAGUGUCACCUCACCUGGAAGGACUGUCUGGGGCCCUGAAUGAGGAAGUGUAAGGGCAGGUGUAGCACUUGUUCCGUUUACAAGGAUAAGUGCCAGGAGGGAGAUCGGUAGGAAGCAAUGGGGAGGCGGGGGGUGGGGGGGGGAAGACAAGUGGACAAGUGGACAAGGGAGUCGCGUAGGGAGCUUUCUUUUUUUUAAAUUUUAUUUUAUUCUUUAUCUUUCCUUUCGGUUAGUCCUGACUAAGGGUCUCAGCCCGAAACGUCGACAGCGUUUCUCACUAUAGAUGCUGCCUGGCCUGCUGUGUUCCACCAGCAUUUUGUGUGUGUUGUUGUUUGAAGAUGGGAGUUUGUUGCUUAGAAGGCUGGGGAGACUCAAGCAUUGAUUGCAUAAGAAACUGAUUAAUUUCCUCAAUAUUGAAGGAUUAAGGGGCAUGCCAGUAACACAGGAUUAAGGCAUUGAGGCAGAAAAUCAGCCAAGAUAGUUUUGAAUGUCAGAACAGGCUUGAGGGGUUGAUGGCCAAUUCAUCUCAUUUAAGUUUUUAUGUGGGGAAAAAGAGAUAGAAUAGCAUCUUGUGUUAAAACAAUUACCUCAGAAGACAAGGGUAAUAGAACAGACAUCAGGUUAAGAGGUAGUCAGCUGAAGAUGAGCAUGUAAUCUUUAGAAGAUAAGUCACAGCAAUGCAGGGUUGCGUUGGAGGAAGAAGAGUUAAUAUGUAGAAAGCUAAUGGUCCCAAGAGGCUGGCCUUUAGGUAAAGAAAUACAUGAGCCAAGUAUGAAGGCAAUAACGUGGCCCAUAAAGUACAACAAAGUUUCAAAGUAACACAUUUCCUAUAUUUUUCUACAUUACAAUCAGAAUACAAUCUUGCAGCUUUAAG